GAGGGAGGGGAGAGAAUGUGAGAGAGAGCGAGAAAGAGAGAGAGAAAGAGAAACCCCAUGCCAUUCAGUCACCUUCUUGGAAACAUGAGGUUUCCCGUCUAUCACGGGCGCAUCACCCGCGCAGAGACUGAAGAUCGGUUGGCAUCGAUGGGGAAUGACGGAAGUUACCUGAUCCGAGAUAGCGAGACCGUGCCAGGAGCCUAUUGUCUGUGUGUGUUGAAUCAACCCUUUGUUCAUACUUAUCGGGUUUCCGAAACUUCUGGGAAAUGGUCUGUUCAGACAUUGAAAGGAGUUCCACCACGUUAUUUCAGCAGCAUAGAAAAGCUCCUGCUAGCGUAUGAGAAACCAGACCAAGGCUUAGUGGUAACUUUGCUGCAUCCAGUGGAAUAUAAAACAUAUAAAAUCCAAAACCACAAUGAAGACUUGCAGGAAGAACGAGAGUACAUGGAAAUGCUCGGCAUAUGACACGGACCUAGUACAAGAGAAGAGUCUCCAGAGCAUCACGAAGGGUUAUCUUGGAAAGAAAUAUAUUAUUCUGCUCGAAUGCUGUAAUUCUAGAUUAGUUAUUCCUUUAAACAAGCUGCAUCCAUGAAAAUGUGAAAAUCCAUUUGGUGUAAAUGAUAUAAUAUCUUGAUUUUUCCAAGCUGUAGAAUUCACUAAUGUAAACUAUAUUGCAAUCUUAUUUUGCCUACUUUAUGUAUAAUGUAACAUAGAUGGAGACCAUUUGGCUCAUUUUACACCGCACGCUCUGUGAUAGAGCCAUUUAUUUGGUUCAAAGGGGCUGGCUGGUUCUGGCUAAACUGAAUGAAAUCUAUAUUACUAAAAGUAAGAU